GUGCUGGUGCUGUCGAUUUUGUACUUCUUGGUGCAGCUGUUCCUGAGCCAUAUCUCGCAUGCACUGGUGCUGCUCGUGGAUUCCUAUCACAUGCUGUGCAACAUCAUUGCCCUGACCGGAUGUAUCCUGACGAUCAAGAUUUCCAGAUGCGGCGUAUAACUAAAUUUAUUCACCGAUCGGAGCUCGCCGCGUGCGGUUGAACAAGAGUAGUGUGUCGCGUCGUUGAUGGUGAUGAACCGCAGGAACAACUCGUCGUCUUCAACAUACAACAUCGUCAUACCGUGUGAAUAUUGAUUAUGGUGUAAUAGAAAUCUACGCCGCGCCGAAUGUUUAUACAUGGUGAUCUAACAACCGUAGUGAAUGCGAUCGCUCUAAAGUGUUGAGUCUAGAAAUUUAAAGUGAAUGUGACGAAGAUGAUCGCAUAAGUUUCGAGAAGGAAGUCAUUCCCAAAAAGUGUCGACAACUGCGGAAGAAUUUGGUGAGAAUAGAAGAUAAUCGUUUCAAGUGAUCAUAUCGGUGUGGCACCAACGAUAAACCGGCUGCCGUGAAAAGAUGGCAAUGAAAGAAUGGAUCUAUCGGAUGCAACCGGUGCAGUUGUACAUUGUGCUGGUGCUGUCGAUUUUGUACUUCUUGGUGCAGCUGUUCCUGAGCCACAUCUCGCACGCACUGGUGCUGCUCGUGGAUUCCUAUCACAUGCUGUGCAACAUCAUUGCCCUGACCGGAUGUAUCCUGACGAUCAAGCACAGCAAAAAGCAGUCGGAGGCGGAGCCAUGCAACCGGAAGCUACUGUCCGCUUCCCGCAACUCCAUCGACGCCUCUGCUAGUGAGGACCGUUUCAUCGAAGUACCGGUGUUACCAACCGGGGACAACUCGUCGUCCACCUCCGGCAGCGAGGUCCAAAAAGUUAAACCGACCAACCCGGAAGAUGAAGCCACCAGUGUCAAGCAGAAAGUCAAAGCCAAAUCGCGCCAACAGCGCGAGAACAGUCUCAAGAACACAUUCGGCUGGACCCGAAUCGACGUCCUGACGAUGCUGGUGGUGUGCAUCUUCCUGGCGUCGUUCUGCUUCUCGGCCGUGGUGGAAGCCCUGCAGACCCUGUCGCACAUCCACCACCAGGACGCGAUGCACUACCCGCUUCCGGUGCUGACACUCGGCGCCAUGGGAAUCAUACUGAACGGGUUCUGCUAUCUGCUCAUCGGUGGCUAUACGUACCACCAGGGUAGCUUCCUGUACAUCACAUCCAGCGGGACGGUAAUACUGGAUCGGGUGGUUACGGGCGAUGGCAUUCGGAAGGGCGAGCGUCGGUUAUCGGGGUCACGGCGACACGUGGCCAGCGCCGCCGCUGGUAAUUCACCGAAGCGACAGAGCGUGCGAGAGCUGAUGAGAGAUAUUUGUAGUACAAUCUUCGUCAUUGUGUGCUCCACGAUCGUCCACUACACCAACGAAGAUGAAGAUACGUCCAAGUUUGUCGAUCCGCUGUGCUCGAUAAUGUCUUGCGUGGUUCUGAUGGUGCUGAGCUACCCCUACAUGAAAGAAUCUGGCAUGAUUCUCCUACAAACCAUUCCAAAUACGAUCGACAUAGAAAUAUUCGAACAGUCGCUGCUGAAAACGUUCCCGCACGUGGUGAGCGUUCACGACCUGCACAUCUGGCAGCUCAGUGGCGAGAAGUACGUCGCUACGGCACACAUAAUUUUUGAGGAUCAUAAGGUAUACCCGGAAAUCAACGACAUGGUGAUCAACUUCUUCCACGACCAAGGUAUCAGCAAGGUGACCAUCCAGCCAGAAUUCAAAACCAAGCUUCCGGAACUGCCCCUAUUAACAUCCCCAACCACCACGUCCUCCACACCCGCCAACACCUCCACUAGUUCGUGCCUGAUGCAGUGCCGUCAGGAGGCUUGUCUCCAGAAGCACUGUUGCGAAAGAAUCAUCAAGGACGAUGGUAAGAAAUCCUCUGCCGCCAAAUCCAACUCCGCCUCCAAGGAAAAAAUCGAACAGAUCGCGAUGGAGGUCCACCCCCACCUGGAAGCUGGAACCAGUGGUGCGAAGGACAUCAUCCCCACUAUCACUCAAACCAUCAGCAGCCCCACGUUGGCCAUCGAAAACGAAGCUCAAGUCCCAGCCAACAACUCCACUAGUGCGGCGGUGUCUUCAAAGGGCGAUGAAACCCGCGAAGACACCGACAAGCAACGCUACUAGUGUGCGAAGUACAAAGAACCAAUAAGACUGACCGAAUCGGAAGUCAACACAGUCGAAGAAAAUCCGUUACGCUUAUUGUAGUUUCAAAGUGAGUUUUUAAGUUUUAACUGUUUCCUCGACAGGGAUUUUUCGUUAUUUUUUAACGACCAAAAAAGAAACGAUGAAAGAUAUUACAUCGAAGAUGGGCGAAGCGGAAGGAGAAGAACUCUGGAUCCUAACAAAGUAGCGUUAAGAUAUUGUAAAGGUAUUCCUAAUUUGUGUGAUCAAAGCCUUAAGCCAUAUGAUGGAGAGAAAACGAAAUGUUAAAAUGAGUGAGAUCAAUCCUACGAUCAUAUUGUGUCCUGAUAUUAAGGAACAGUUUUACGACUGUCACAAUGAACCAGUUUUUAUUUUAGAUGCUUUUAAAACAUUGUUAUGCAUUUCAACCGAUCAUUAGGCUUAGUGUUACAUAAUACCUAUAAUGUAAGAAAAAUAUUUGUUAAACUAAGCGAUGACGAAGAGAAUAAACGAAUUUAUUAAGUA